AUGACCUGCUCCAAUAGUCGCACUCUCUAAUAUUGCCGCGUUGAAGCCAAACAAAAUCGUAUUUUUCUAAUUGGGCUUAACGUGUGCUGUAUUCUUAUAAAUAACUUGUUUUUUUUAAUCAUGUCUAAACAAAAAUAAUCGAUCCAUGCAGUUCGCGUUGUAGGAAUGCGCACUGUUAUUUUGCAGGAUUAGCUUUGGCCGUUUUACACGACAGCAUCGUUGUCGAGCCGAGCGUCUGCUGUCACCCAGCGGCUGCAUGCAUGAGCCGUGCGGAGGGAGAGAGGAGAGGAGAGAGAGGGAGAGAGGGCAUUAUCUCCACUUCUCACGGCCAUAGCCGAGUAUUUGCAACGUGCAGCAUGCAGAGGUGAAAACGUAACGGUGCCCGCCGCUCGAGGUUUACAUCCUUGACGGUAUUCCAGCCGCGCAGCAUUUUUUAAUUUUUAUUUUUAGUCUUUUUAAGCGAGCUCCUCGGAGCCAGCCGCGUGCACUCAUGCAUUCGAACAGAGGAUUAGCGCGGAGGAAUUGCCUUGAGACCAUGAACUGCAGUUGGGGCACGGAGCUAUGGGAUCAGUUUGAUAACUUGGAGAAGUACACACAGUGGGGCAUCGAGUUUGUGGAACGCUACACCAAGUUCGUGAAGGAGCGGUCCGAAAUUGAGCUCAGCUAUGCCAAGCAAAUAAGAAAUCUCUCUAAGAAAUACCAGCCCAAGAAAAACUCCAGAGAAGAGGAGGAGUACAAGUACACCUCCUGCAGAGCGUUCCUCAUGACCCUGAACGAGCUGAACGACUACGCCGGGCAGCACGAGGUCAUUGCUGAGAGCCUCUCGUCUCAGAUCAUCUCAGAGCUGACCCGCUACAUCCAAGAGCUAAAGGCCGAGCGCAAAGCGCAUUUCCACGAUGGCCGGAGGGCUCAGCAGCAUAUCGAGAACUCCUGGAAGCAGCUGGAGUCGAGCAAACGAAGGUUCGAGCGAGACUGCAAGGAGGCGGACCGAGCCCAGCAUUACUUUGACAAAAUGGACGCUGACAUUAACGUAACCAAGGCAGACGUGGAGAAGGUCUCAAAGCGGUGUUCACUCAAGGCUAAGCAGCAGGCCCAGAUGAGGCACCAGAUAGCCGAUGACAGUAAGAAUGAGUACCUGGCCUACCUACAGAAGUUUAAUAAAGACCAGCAUGAGCACUACUACACUCUUAUCCCUCACAUCUUUCAGAGGAUCCAGGAGAUGGAGGAGAGACGGAUUGAGAGAAUAGGGGAGAGUAUGAGGUGCUAUGCUGAGGUGGAGCGUAAGGUACUGCCCAUCGUUAGCAAAUGUCUGGAUGGAAUGACUAAGGCAGCAGAGUCCAUUGAGCCCAAAAUGGACACCAAGCAGGUCGUGGAGACAUUCAAGUCAGGUUUUGAGCCCCCGGGAGACGUGGAGUUUGAAGACUACAGCGUGUCAAUGAAGAGAGCCGUGUCAGAGUCCAGUUUCCUGAAUGCCCGUGGGGAGAGCCGGCGCAGGAGCCGGAGCAAACUGUGGCCUUUAAUUAAGAGGAAUAAGCUUAUGUCUUUGUUAGCGUCACCCCGCCAGCCCCCUCCCCCUCCCCCCACGUCCCCCUCUCCGGAAGGACUGGCAAACGGCCCCCACUCACCCCAGCAGCCCAAGGAGCCGCUCAGUCAGCGACUCAACGACUUCAUGAGCUCCAAACACAAAAUGCAGUGCCUGAGGAGCCUCAAGCGUGGGCUCUCCCUGAAGUUGGGAACAGGCCAGGAGGACUAUAGUCACUUACCACCUGAACAGAGGAGGAAGAAACUGCAAGCCAAGUUUAAUGACAUCAGCAAGGACAUCCAAAAAGAGAUGGAUCAGAGAGAUGCCCUGACUAAAAUGAAAGAAGUGUACAUUAAGAACCCUCACAUGGGUGACCCCAACAGCGUGGACCCUCGCUUAGAGGAGGUGCAGCAAAGCAUAGAGAAGCUUCAGCUCGAGGCGCAUAAAUAUGAGGGAUGGCUAACAGACGUGGAAAGAAAAUUGCUAGAGAAGGGCAGCACUCAGCGGAGACAGAGCGCUCACUUCGACUCGCAGGGCAACACGCCCAACAGCUGUGCCCAGAACAGAGAGAGUCCGGAUGGCAGCUACACAGAGGACCCCAGCACGGAGACAGUUCAGUUCAAGUCCCGCAGUACUGAGUUUGACGAUGAGUUUGAUGAUGAAGAUCCUUUACCCACCAUAGGGACAUGCAAGGCACUCUAUCCCUUUGAAGGCCAGAAUGAGGGCACCAUCCCGAUGGCGGAGGGCGAGAUGCUGUACGUGAUCGAGGAAGACAAGGGUGACGGCUGGACGCGCGUGCGAAGGAACGAAGACGAGGAAGGAUACGUGCCCACGUCCUACAUCAAGCUGUGCUUCGACGCAAACUCCAAAGAUCCCUAAAAGCGUUUGGCUGGCACAGGAGUGGCAGGGCAAGCGUCCUUGCGCGAAACAUCCUCCUUCUUAAAUGUGUAGUCAGAGAGGUGCUGUGUGAGGCCUGCCUGACAGGCAGUUCCAUUCUUAGCGCGGUCUCUGAAUCUCCUUCUCCUUCGGCCAGAGGCAAAAAAACUACUCGGAAUGUUGUCUGAGGUCUUUCUUUUCCUUUUUUUAAACAAACAAAAAAAACGUAGUGUGCUGAUGAUUUGCUGAGCUUGCUUCUUGUACGGACCUAGACUCCUUUAGCCUUGUGUGCUAGCUGCUUGCUGUCAGACCAGAGCCCUUAGGUACAACCAGUAGUCCUCAGAGGCAGAUACAGGACUGUGAAGUGCACGUAGUUGUGAAGGCUUUCACUUAUAAUAACAUAGUACCUGGCGUACUUCUGUUAAAUGCCUGACCUGCACAAGAUCCUUUGCUGAAAAAAAAACCCUUUUUAAGAACAUUAUCAGUCCUGACUUUGUUGUGCUCAUUGAAAACCAUUCAAAAUGUUUUUUUUGUUUGUUUGGUUUUUUUGUUUGUUUGUUUUUUUUGUGGGAGGGGUGAAGUCAUGCUUGCACUGAUGAAAAGUCAUUAUAGAGUAUGAUGUGUUUUUUUUUUUUUUGAGAGUAAAUCUCCAUCGAGUGUGUGUAGAAGUGCGUGAGGCAGCUUGUAGGGUUGUGUGUCCGCUGCACUGGUAAGCACACCUCUAUAGUCGAUCUCACUCUCUCCACACAGACAGCGCAGUGCCACCUCACUCUCUCUCACCUUCUCUCACUCACUCACUCACUCACUCACCCACUCACUCGCUCACUUUCUACCCUGUAAUGUAUGUAAACACGCCACACCUCCUCUGUCUCUGUCUCUCUCUCUCUCUUAAUCUCUCUCACUGUCUCUUUUUCUAUCUCGCUUUUCUGUCUCUUUUUGUCUCUUUUCCACCUCUCUCUCUUUUACAUAUCACUUUUAUUUUUUUUCUCUCUUCAUACUUUUCCACCCUUUUCUCUCUUUUUAUUAAUUCUGUUUCUUUUUUCUUUUGCAUCUCUCCUUUUGUAUCAGUCCUUUGUUUUUGACCUCUCUCUCUCUUAGUUUUACUAGUGGUUUGGUGUUUUUUUGCCUUUAUAUCUCUUCUACCUCUCAUUUUUUUCUUUUGCUUACUUUUGCUAAUUUUGUUUGUCUUUUUUGUUCUGCCUUUUUCUCUCAUUUUUUUUCCUUUGCACCUUGCCCUUUUUAUCUCUGUCUCUUUCUCUGUCUUUUUCUCUCACACACUAAUUCCUUGUCUUUCAGUUGGAUCUCUCCCUUCGUAUCUGUCUUUUCCACCUCUCUCUGGCUCUCUCUCUCUCUCUCUCUCUCUCUCUCUCUGUCUCUGUCUCUCUCUGUCUCUGUCUCUCUCUCUCUCUCUCUCUCUCUCUCUCUCUCUCUCUCUCUCUCUGGGCUCAGUGGCUGUGGCCGUGUCUCGUGUAGCUAUAGUGGUGCCGUUCAGUAGAUGUUGAUGAUGUUCUUUCGGCUGGUGCUGUGUUUCUGCGCAUGCAUGCUUGCCCUGUCUCUUUGUAUGUGCCAGUCUUAGGGGUCCAGUCCUCUAGCAAGUUCAAGCCUUUUACCUCAGACGGUUGAACUUGCUUCUUCAGUUGUGUUUGUGCCUGUGGUUUACUUUUUCCUUUUUUAUUGAGGUAUUUUUCAUUUUUAAAAGGUUUUAGUUUUGCCACCUAUGCAUGGCCACUUGCUUCAUGCCCCUGCGUUCUUCUUCUUCUUCUUUUUGUAUUUUUCACAAAACCAGGAUUCUUCUUUUGACUGUUUCAGUGGUUUGCAUUGUUUUACAGUAAGAUCAGUUUGAUGUUAAACACAAAUAUUUACCUCAUUUCUGAUGGAUUCUGGGCUGUUGUUUGAAUCAGCUCUGAAAGACUAAUAUUGUUGUUUAUCUCCAUUUAUAAAGAAAGAGUAUUGCAGUGCUGAGCCGUGUGUGUAUUCUCUAUAUUGUGCUUUGAAUUUCCCUUUCCCCCUAAAAACCUCCUCAUAAACAUCAAACUGCCAAA